AUGAAGCCUCAAUCAAUUAUUUUAUCCCUGACCGUCAUCACGGCUUCCGUAAUUUAUGCUCAAGCUUGCACAGUUUUUUUGAAUGGCACUGCAUUUAAAAGUCAAACUGGCAGCGUAGGAGGUGGAUGUUUUGGUUUGGGCGAUAAUAACAUAACUAAUGUUACGACCAGUAAUCCUGGUACCAACUACACCUUUUACCCUGGUUACGGCUGCACAGGAGCGCCACUUGCUAAUGGCACUGAUGCUACCAAUUACGAUCCGCCGAUAGUGGGAGCCAAAUCAGUCAAUAUAACCUGUCCAGAUUCAACAUAA